CCCGCCCCACAGACUGCUUACUAGCGUUCUCUGUCCCGCUCUCCUGCACGCGCGCCCGAUUUCCCCGUGUGUCUCUCGCGCCCUUUGGUAGAAAUCCCCACUUUCCAUCGAGCAGCUGUUGCAGUUAACCCUCUCUGAGCUUUCCAUCGAGCCGCUGUAGUAGGGUUAGGGACCGUGUUGUCCCUCUCUCAGCUGUCCCAGCUCCCGGGCUGUCUAAAUAACUAUACACCUGUAUGUUCCUUCUCGGCGACAUGAAACCGUGGGGCGCCCUCAGUGCAUCGCUGUUCCUGUUUGGUCUUACUUUAUUACCAGUCUGUCUGGGAGCUCACGGACGUUAUGCCCAGAAGCUUAUGAGCGACCUCUUCUCCAACUACACCAGCGCCCUGCGACCGGUGGAGGACACGGACAACAUCAUCAAUGUGACCCUGCAGAUCACCCUCUCCCAGAUCAUCGACAUGGAUGAGCGGAACCAGAUCCUGACCACCUACCUGUGGAACAGGCAGAUGUGGACAGACGCCUACCUGACCUGGAGCAAGGAGGACUACGACGGCCUGGACGCCAUUCGCAUCCCCAGCCGCCUGGUCUGGAAGCCUGACAUCGUCCUCUACAACAGUGCCAACGACCAGUUCUCCAGUUCCAUGGAGACCAACGUGGUGCUGCGGAACGACGGCUCGGUGAUGUGGGACCAGCCGGCCAUCACCAAGAGCUCCUGCUCGGUGGACGUGGCCUUCUUCCCCUUCGACAUGCAGCAGUGCCGCCUCACCUUCGGCUCCUGGACGCACAACGGCAACCAGAUGGACCUGGUCAACGCCCUGGACAGCGCCGACCUGGCCGACUUCGUGCCCAACGUGGAGUGGGAGGUGCUCGGCAUGCCGUCCAAGAAGAACGUGAUCGUGUACGGCUGCUGCUCGGAGCCCUACCCGGACAUCACCUACACGCUGCACCUCAAGCGCCGCUCCUCCUUCUACAUCUUCAACCUGCUCAUCCCCUGCAUGAUGAUCUCCUUCCUGGCCCCGCUGGGCUUCUACCUGCCGGCCGACUCGGGGGAGAAGGUGUCCCUCGGGGUGACGGUGCUGCUGGCGCUCACCGUCUUCCAGCUGAUGGUGGCUGAGAGCAUGCCGCCCUCCGACAGCGUCCCACUCAUAGGGAAGUAUUACAUUGCCACCAUGACGAUGAUCACCGCGUCGACGGCCCUGACCAUCUUCAUCAUGAACAUCCACCACUGUGGACCCGAGGCACGCCCCAUCCCACAGUGGGCCCGCCGCUUGAUCCUGGACUACCUGGCUCGGAUCUGCUUCGUCUACGAGGUCGGCGACAACUGCCUGGGGCCGUGCACGAAGCAGCCCGCGCUGGAGCCCGCGCCGCUGGAGCAAGAGGAGGAGGGUGUACACUGGGGGGCCAACUGGGAUCUCAACGGGGGAGCCUGGGACUGCCAGGAGCCGAGGCCAGGGGCGACACCCCCACCCGACCCGAAGGAAGGGGUGGGUCACGCCAAGCAGGCCGACCAGAAGGAAGCCCUUGUGAACAUUGAGGAGGGAGCCGUGGGAGGGGGGCCCGUAGGAAGCUGUACCGGGACAGAGAAAGGUGCAGGGGGUGUGGACACCAGAGAGGGUGCAGGCGGAGGAGUCGGGGACGGUCGUCUAGAAGGUGGUGAAGGGGGAGGAGGAGCGGGGGAGAUGAGGAGGAGGGAGGGGAUGUGCCAGCUGCAGGGCCUGCGCCGGGACGUGGAGCUGAUCGCCAGCUGCUACCAGGAGCAGCGCUCGACGCAGAGCCUGGUGGGGGAGUGGAGGAAGGUGGCCAAAGUCAUGGACCGCUUCUUCAUGUGGCUCUUCUUCAUCAUGGUCUUCUUGAUGAGUCUGCUCAUCAUGGGGAAGGCAAUGUGAAAAGGGGCUUCAGCUGAUAUCCUUCUUGCCAAUCCGUUUUUUUUAUUCACCAGUCAUCACAAUUUGGUCACAUGUUUGCUUGUGCACUAAAACGUUUCGCUGCAGUAGCAGGUAGCACUUAACUGCAACUUUUAAGCAUUAAUAAGGAACUUGGAUAGAAAGUGAAUUCCUUAUUUAUGAAGAAUUGUUCAUACAUGAAUACUCGUUGAACUAUUCAUAAUCAGUUAUAUAUUAUUAAUACAAUAAUUAGAUAAUGGUUUACAAGAUUAGUCAAUGAGUUAAUGAGUAAUUUAUAAUACAAAUGUAAUUUAUAAUACUUUAUAAACACUUAAUAAUGCUGCAAUUCAUGAUUAGUAAAUGUAGUUUGACAACAUUAGUUAACUUUUUUGUGUCAUUAGCAUGACUAAAAGGCUGGAAAUGCCUUGCAGCAGUACCAAGUUGUAGUAAGGUAUGUUUAGUCCUCAAUUUAGACCUCAUACCAAAUACUUAACUAAUGUUUUAUACCUGCCUGAAGUUAUAUGAAUUGCAGCAUUAAGUGUUCAUAAAGCAUUAACAUGUAAAUAGUUUGCAAAUCAUCAACUCGCAUUUCAUAAAUGAACCAUAUUAACCAUUUUUCUUGUUAUCUUAUUAAUAAUGUACAUUAUGAAUUGCUGACUGCGACUGACUUAACGAACACCAGCAUUGUCUUAUAUAUUGAAUACAUGCUGCUGAAACUCACCCAGGCUUGGGCCCACAGCCCACUGUGGUGUAAACAAGGCAAGGCAGCAUGUCAGGGAGCUAGUUUAUUUUAGGAAACCAUUAUACCUUAAUCUUUUUAAAUUUUUGCUACAUAUACAAACUACCAGCAUUGACCAAAGUGCUGCGGAAUUUAAGGUGCGUAUAGAAGAAAACAAGGAGAUUCAUACAUACAUUCCUUGACACUGUUAGUAACACGUUGUCCCAGACUUUUCCAGCGUUGCAAGACUAGGAUCUGCUGGUCUGCAGUGUCAAAAGAUGCAGUGAGAUCUUUGACAUCAGAUUUUAUGUUAGGCCAAUGAACAAGCAAAAAGCAACCACACAGAUGCAGAAGUUGUAGCAAUAUCUAUUAAGGAAGCAAUAUACGUUAACACAUGUCCACUUCAUCAACCCACUUGGUCACUUGUUUUUCUUCAAACUUUUUUUUGCUGUAGCACUAAAAUCGUUUUGCUUCUGAUUUUGAAAAUAAUCAAACAUGUUGAAUGUGAUUCUGCCAACAUAAAUGCACACAUGCACACACACAGACACAUAAACACAAAGAUGUAUUAAGGAACUAUCACAGUAUUAAUAUGGUUAAAUAUGGAAUAUGGUUUAUCACUCACCUGUAUAACAAAUAUAAUAUAAUAAAAUAUAACAAUACAAAUAAAAUUAACUGAACUGAA